CCCAUGAGCAGCCCUAGUAUAUACAUACAUAAAAGAUUAUUAUCCGGCGGGCGAUUCUAUCCAUAAACCAAACCACCCUCACCGCAUACAUCUACACACACAUAUAUCUCUCUGUGUGUUUCUUGAAAAUCUUGAAAUUUAGGCAAUACAAGUGACAUAUGCAAAUGGGUGUGGCCAACGCUUGGGCCACUGGCCACUCUGUUCCAGUGCCACAUAUAAGGCCUCCUCAAUCCUGUUUGAAUUCCCACAAGUUUUUGAGCUUGAGGAAGCUUAAUUACUUGUUGGGCUGGAGCUGUUCGAGUGUUCCAAGAAACCCAAGUUGGGGAAUUGGGAGCAGAGUGGUGAAGCAGCAGGUUUUUAAUUGUCGUUGCAGUGGCGAUGGUAAUGGUGGUGUUGGUGAUAGGAAUGUUUCUACUUCGAAUGUUUGUAAAGAUGGGUCUUGUUUGGAUUGGGAUUGGAAUAGGUGGAAUCGCCAUUUUUCGGAAAUUGAACAAGCUGAGAGCUUUUCUUCUGUUCUUAAGUUUCAACUAGAAGAUGCAAUUGAGAAAGAGGACUUCCAGGAAGCUGCAAAGUUGAAAAUAGCCAUAAAAGAAGCGACAUCAAAGGACAGUAUUGCUGAAAUUAUGUCCGAGUUGAAGAAUGCAAUAGACGAGGAGCGUUAUCAUGAAGCUUCGAGGUUGUGCAGAAGUACAGGAAGUGGGCUGGUUGGUUGGUGGGUCGGCUAUUCAAAAGAUUCUGAUGAUCCGUUUGGUAAACUAAUACACAUAACUCCUGGUGUGGGAAGAUUUGUUGGUAAAACUUUCAGUCCAAGACAGUUGGUAACUGCGUCUCCUGGAACUCCGCUGUUCGAGAUCUUUGUGGUCAAAGAUGUUGAAGAGACAUACACUAUGCAGGUUGUUUUUCUAAAGCGAAUUAAAGGAAGCACUACAAAGUCCACUAGAUCACCCACUUCCAAAUCCACAAAAUUGCCUUCUGAAGAUGAUGAGGAUACAUCUGUAGUUGAUGUUGAGGUAAACGAAGAUAAACCAGAAAAGGGUAAUGAGAAGAGUAUGACUUUUGAGGGAGUAACCGAGGACGGUUUAAGAAGUGUGAUAAAUUUUUUGAAGGAUAAAAUUCCUGAACUGAAAGUAAAAGUGACUUAUGUAGAUGAAUCAGACGAUGAAGUUAUAGAAGACAGUGAUUCCUUGAAGCAGAUUAUGGAAGAAAAUGAUGAAAAUUCAGUGUUGGUUGAGAGUUCAGAAGAUGAAUCUAGCAAUUUGGAUGACAUUCAGCCUGACCAAUUUUCUUUAGGAGGAGCUGGUAAUGCAGUUGAAGAUGAAAAAAAUUUGGAUAUGAUGAAGCUUUUUGUUGGGGGCAUUCUACACAACAAAGAGGAAUCUCCCUCUAAGGAUGAGUAUAUGCGGGUACCAGGUGAAAUAAAAGAUAUGGAAAGAGAUUCUUUUCUGCUACAUGUUCCUGUGGGAAAACUGGGUCGUAACGAUAGUGCAAAUUUUCUUCCAAACGAGGAGUUGGCAGCCAUAUCAGCUAAAGGCGCUUCUGAUCUUAUGCCUCCUGAUGUAGCGAAAGCAUUCUUUGGCGCCAAUAAAGUUUCUCCAAGGGUCUCUAGAGAUGUCCGGGAAAUUGUAAAGCUUGCCGCUAGCCAGGCACAGAAGAAAGAAAAGUUAUCCGAGUACACAAGUUUUAGUCGUAUAAACACUUCGAAUGGUGAUUUAGAUCCAUUUGAAGGUCUAUAUGUCGGUGCCUUUGGUCCUUAUGGCACAGAGGUGGUUCAGCUGAGGCGUAAAUAUGGGAACUGGAACAGUACGAGUGACAGUGAAGAAUCCUCUAACAUAGAUUUUUUUGAGUAUGUUGAGGCAGUGAAGCUUACUGGGGACUUGAAUGUUCCUGGUGGCCAGGUGACAUUUCGUGUUAAAGUCGGGCAAGGGAAUCGCCUAUCUAAUCGAGGGAUGUAUCCAGAUGAAUUGGGAGUGGUUGCAAGUUAUAAGGGGCAAGGAAGAAUAGCAGAUUUUGGGUUUAAGAAUCCAAAGUGGGUUGAGGGUGAACUUCUUCAACUUAAUGGAAGGGGAAUGGGGCCAUAUGUCAAAGGUGCAGAUCUCGGUUUCCUUUAUGUUGUACCUGAGCAGAGUUUUCUGGUACUCUUUAAUCGUCUUAAACUGCCAGAGUGAACCACACUUUUCUUGGUCUAGUAUACCUAUAUUCGCUCAUACUUCUGGACCCAGUUUUACUUGUAUUUUCUUCUGGUAGAGGCAAGUUUUCGCUACUAUGUACCUACAAAAGAAUUUUGCUUCUAUUUUUCACGUCACCCCCUCUGUAUUUUAAGCUUGCAACUCUUUAAAGCUAAAUACUUAGAUACUUCUGUAAGAUUAGCUGCUUGCGGAAUUAAUAGUUCAGAAUAUUAACAGCUGUAUUGAUAGAUUUCAAUAAAGAGGAAAUGUAUGUGUAAUUCAUAAUUCUAUUCCA